GGAGGCCCAGACGCGUGCAUUUGCUGUUGAACAAACAGUGGAUUAGCUUCGCCUCGUUCUUCGCGUGACACUGACUAGGAGGACUCUGGAUUUUUCUCUAGACAAAUUUAUGCCACUUGCCGUCCUUUCACUGCGUUUCAAGUACACCUCUUGCAAUAUAUAAGGUGAAGACACAGCAGCAGCAGCAGCAGGGGUGGAACUAGAACUGAACUGAACUGACCGAGAAUCAAACACAAACGCAAUGAAAGGAGAUUCCAUCAUGAGUGAGGCGGAGGAGUCGAGCCUGCUGCCUCUUCUUCCUCUUCUCCAUGGAACGCCUUCACAGGACUAUGAACAAUAUACUUGCAAUGGAUCUGUUGAUAUCAGAGGCAACCGAGCGUCCAAAAGGCAUACGGGAAACUGGAGAGCCUGCUACUCGAUUCUUGGGGGUGAAUUUUGUGGCGCUAUGGCAUACUACGGAGUUGGGACAAACCUGGUGAGCUACAUGACCAAGGUGCAGAAGCAAAGCAAUGUCGCUGCAGCCAGCAACAUCGCUUUCUGGCAGGGCACGUGCUACCUGACUCCCCUUCUCGGAGCUUUCUUGGCAGAUUCAUAUCUUGGAAGACACCGAACAAUCUUGGUGUCCCUCAUGAUAUUUACCAUGGGAAUGCUCCUACUGACACUUUCAGCAAUCAUUCCAGCAAGCAUUCGUGUAGUGGUGAACUCUCACUCUCAGGAUGCCUUGUCUUCUCUGGGCCUCUUCCUGACAGCUCUAGGCUUAGGUGGCAUCUGGCCAUGUGUUCCCACAUUCGGCGCCGAUCAGUUCGACGAUACAGACACCGCUGAGAAGGAGCAGAAGAAGCUCUACUACAACUGGUACUACUUUGCUGUCAACGGAGGUUUCUUCUUCGCGAGCACGGUCCUUGUUUGGGUUCAGGACAACCAUGGCUGGGGGCUUGGUUUUGGCAUCCCUACUGUGGUUUCCACGGUUGGAAUUGCUGGAUUCCUUGCCUGUAUGAAGUUGUACAGGUAUCAGAAACCAGGAGGCAGCGCGCUGACUAGGAUUUGCCAGGUUGUGGUGGCUGCCACCCGCAAGGUGAACGUAGAUGUGCCGACGGACAGCUCUCUUCUGUAUGAGAUGCCGCCGGGGAAGGAGUCGGCGAUUGCUGGGAGCCGGAAGCUGAUGCACACUGAUGGACUAAAGUUCUUUGAUCGAGCUGCCACCAUCACCACCUCUGAAGAUGCAUCUAACCCAUGGAAGCUUUGCACGGUGACACAAGUUGAGGAGCUGAAGAUCUUGGCAAGGAUGCUUCCUGUCUUUCUAACAGGCAUAGUCUUCAACACUGCCGAAGCGUUCUUUCCGUUGUUCAUAGAACAAGGACAGGUCAUGGACAGCCACAUCGUUGCACAGUUCUGGAUACCUCCAGCCACUCUGACGACCUUCAACUGCCUCUGCGUCAUCAUCCUGGCACCAGCGUAUAACAGAGUUGUGAUGCCCAUGGUGUGUAGGAUCACCGGCAAGAAGCGAGGGUUGUCCGAACUGCAACGCAUCGGCGUCGGCAUGGUCUUUGCUAUGUUUUCAAUGGCUUCAGCUGCACUGGUUGAGAUGGUGCGUCUCGACAUCGCCAAGAACAGGGUGCUGAUGAAUAUCCUGUGGCAGGCUCCGCAGUACAUGUUUGCCGGAGUAGCCAAGGUUUUCAGUGUGGUUGGUUUUAUUGAGUUCGCUUAUGAACAGUCGCCAGAUGCCAUGAGGAGCUUGUGCCAGGCUUGCUCUCUCCUCAUGGUCACGCUUGGAAGCUACCUUGUGUCGAUCAUGCUGAAAAUGAUCGAUUCAGUGACAGCCGGAAGGGGGAGCCAUGGCUGGAUACCAGAAAACCUCAACGAAGGGCGCCUUGAUCAGUUCUUCUGGUUGAUGGCAGGAUUGCACCUGCUGAACCUGCUUGCAUUCGCAUAUUGCGCUACGAGGUACAAGUGCAAACUGGCUACGUGAGUUUCUUCUCAUAGUUUGAGGCUCAGAGGAGUGCGUUAGUAAAGUUGAGGAGCAUUUAGCAUUGUAUAUUAUUAUUUGCUACCAACUCAAGUUUUGGAAGUUAUUUUAUUAAUUAA